AAUGCGACUUCGGAGGUUUCAGGUGGCAGCAAUUGAGCAAAUCAUCAACAAUGGCGCCAGUUGAUCCUCACUCCUUCACUGACUCGACUCAACCCUUCACUUCCCACAUUUCACUUUCUUUCUACUUCGACUUUUCGUCCUCCAUAAUCCAUGCCUCUGCUUUGAUUUCCCUCACAAACCCUUACUCUGGUCCUUUCUUCCUCGACACUCGUUCUCUCUCAAUCGACUCCAUCAUCGACCCGCAAUCUAAAACCCCAAUUCCAUUUUCACUCUCUGAAAAUGACCCGAUCAAGGGUCGUCAACUAUCCGUUUCUCUUUCCAACCAUUCCUCAUUUCUGGUCACAUACACUACCUCACCUUCUUCUUCAGCCUUGCAAUGGCUCAACCCUCUUCAAACAUUUAACAAAGCCCACCCUUUUGUGUAUACACAAUGCCAGGCCAUUCACGCACGUUCGGUGUUUCCAUGUCAGGACACUCCUGCUGUGCGAAUAUGCUACUCCGCGCGCCUGAACAUCCCGGAUCAGUUAUCGGCAGUGAUGGCUGCUCGGCACGUGGAACGACGUCGUCCAGUUAACAACGAAGCAGAAGAACUGAGUUGCGGGAAUUCAUCGUGGUGUGCACAAGGGAGGGUGGUUGAGGAGUUUGUGAUGGAGCAGCCAGUGCCUCCAUACCUAUUUGCAUUUGCAGUUGGGGAAAUUGGGAACCGGGAGGUGGGACCAAGGACUAGGGUUUAUGCCGAGGCAGUGCCGGAACUGUUGGAUGGUGCUGCUAGAGAGUUUGCAGGUACUGAGGAUAUGAUAAGGCAAGGGGAGAAGCUGUUUGGGGAUUAUGAAUGGGAGAGUUUUGAUUUGUUGGUAUUACCGCCUAGUUUUCCAUAUGGAGGUAUGGAGAAUCCAAGGAUGGUGUUCUUGACGCCAACAGUGAUCAAGGGGGAUGCUAGUGGAGCACAGGUGGUGGCUCAUGAGCUUGCUCACAGUUGGACAGGGAAUUUGAUCACUAACAAGACCAAUGAACAUUUUUGGUUGAAUGAGGGAUUCACUACUUAUGCAGAGAGGAGAAUUGUGGAGGUUGUGCAAGGGGAGAAAAGGGCUGCAUUGAACAUUGGAAUUGGUUGGAGGGGUUUAAAUGAUGAGGUUGAGAGGUUCAAAGAUAAUAUGGAAUUUACUAAGCUUAUAACUAACCAGGAAGGAAUCGACCCAGACGAUGUGUAUUCUCAGGUUCCAUAUGAAAAGGGUUUCCAGUUCUUAUUGCGCAUUGAACGCCAGGUUGGGAGGCCUGCCUUUGAUGAGUUCCUGAAGAAAUAUAUUGCUACAUUUAAGUUCAAAUCAAUCGAUACUGAAACAUUUAUUGAAUUCCUGAAAGCUAACAUCCCUGGAAUAGAGAAACAGAUUGACCUAAAGUUGUGGACUGAAGGUACAGGCAUCCCUCCAGAUGCUCAUGAACCUGAUUCCAGUGUCUAUAAAAUGAUUGUAACCCUGGCAAAUGAGUUCGUAAAUGGAAGGAUUCCGAAGGAGGAUGAAGUUGCUGAGUGGCAAGGUCAGGAAUGGGAGCUAUACUUGGAAAAUUUGCCAAAAUCCAUUGAUGCUUCUCAGCUCGCAGCCCUGGAUUCACGCUACAGGCUAUCUGAAUCGAAAGAUUAUGAGGUGAAGGUGGCAUUUCUUCAACGUGCUAUUGCAAUUGGAUGCAGAGAUUACUAUAAUGAAGUGGAGAAAACGUUGAAAGCAAUUGGAAGGAUGAAGUAUCUGCGUCCUCUUUACACUGCACUGGUGCAAGGCAGUGGAAAGGAAGAAGAUAAAGUUUUUGCCAAACGCCUCUUCUCAGAAGCUCGCGAGUUGUAUCAUCCCAUUGCUCAGGGUGUGGUUGAAUCUAUAUUGGCCAAGCAUCUGUAGGAGCAACGUUCCAGAAAAUCUUGCCCAGAUUUUCAGAACUGUUCUCUGAGCCAAUACGUGAAGUCUAUCUCUGAUCUAGUCGUUGAAAUGAUAUGGUUUCUCACCUAGGUUCUGAUGAAUGUGUAAUGUGUUCCGUGUUAUCUUACUAGGUAAGUGUUUUGACACUUAAAUUUUUCCUGUUGCAACUUGUGCUAAGAUUCUACUUUCAUGGAAUAAAUUGUCUUAGUGCUUCAGAAACAUCUUUCAUCCCCCCCCCCCGGGGGGGCGGAAUUAAAGGUAGGUGCUAACGAUGAGGUUAGAAGUAGGAUUGAAACUACGAGUCUACAAUCUCUCACUUAUUGGGAAGCUUUCCUAUUGCCAGAUUAGCCAUUUUGAAUGUGAAGUUACCUGCAAUGUAUAUUAUUGUUAACUGUUAAACUAGCAGUCACAGCAUUUACUUCCCUA